AUGGCCCGCUGUGUCACACUUGGGCCUCAGCUGGAAGAUAAGGAUAGGUUUAGUCCUGGCUCUUGUUUCAUCCCCGGAAAGUCAAAAUACCGUGUGAUCUUCAUCGGAGAACCGCGCGCCGCCUAUGUCCCUGGAACUAAUGAUUACAAGCCGUGGGUCCAGAUGGAGUAUAUGGACAUGGACAUGCCGAAGGAUAUCGCCCAGUGGUUCCGGGUUCACUUUCCGAAUCAUGUUAUGGACACUCGGCCAAAACCCACAAAGGCAGAGAAGGAUAAACUGGAUGUAAACGAGGAGGAGAGGUUGCUCAUGUUUGAGUGGUGUGUGUUGCUGUGGAGUCUGAUGAGCUCAUCAGUAGAGUUUGAGAUCAGUGUUGUGGGGUAUGAGCAGUUCCGACGCUGUCUGACAUCCCCCUCACAUACAACAGACCCGCUCUGGCUGUCCCUGUGCCUGGCCGAUGUCGUACUUGGUGGAUUACAUCUUGAGAUCGACUUCCAGUUAACGGAGUUCAACAUUACUGCUGAUCAAUUCCCCGUAUAUGUCCACUCCAUACUGGAGCUAUCUCGGUUGACUUGUGUUUUCCCGCCGCCUCAAGAGCUUCUUGCAUUUGGCAAUAAAGUCUACCACGAGGCCAACCUCGAUGCCCUCGCUACAUACAAAACCUUCACAUUCCGACCCGCCUCACGUUGGAUCGAUCCUGACGGCCCUAUUCCCCAGCCGGGUGAGGGCGUGAUCAAGAGGGGGUAUUCAAGUGCGAAUAACAAUGUGCAUCUUCCGGGCAGCCGAAAGGCGCCUAUCCAACGGAAGGGGGAUGUGUACCGGGAGUGUUGGUUGUGGCAGCAGUUCAAUCCUCUCCUCGUCAAUCCUUGUUUUGGAGAGGUUAGGAUAUACAUGGUGGCGGGAGAGGUCAUGUACGCUAUACGCACGAUACCGAUCAAGAAACAAGAACUUUCGUGGAAGCUGGUGACCGGCGUUGUUCCGUUUGAUUUCCUUUCUUCAGGCCGAUUCAGUCGCACAAAGGACAUCUUCGACCCAAGACACCCGGGUGUCAACAGGCUCGAUUUGGCCCGCGGUCUCAAAGAUCUAUACGACUUUGCCAAGACGACGCUCAAAGCGCUGAUUGUGAUGGAGGAAAAUCAGCUGAAGUGUACCUCCAGUCUCAAUCUUUUCGCCCGGGUGGACAUUGGAGUUUACGAGUUCGAAACCAAUCAGUUUUGUUGGUAUGUUAACGAGGUCACGAGGGGCAUGGGUAUGACAGCAAUGUUUGGGAUGUGCCAGCCGGGAGAGCUGAUGAACUUGUUUGCGGAAAUGAGUCGUGUAUUUCCUUGGUACAUCGACCAUGCUUCGCCGAACAUGGUCAUGACCCCGGAUGAAGACAUGGUGGAGAGGAUGAGAGGAAUGAAUCUGUGA